AUGAAGCUCAGAGACGCCAGUUCAUCCAGCAUCAGAGUCAGCAUCAUCCAGCCGGGGAAUUGCUCUGGUGCCAUCAACAUCUUGAAGACCAAAACUGCUCUGGAUCUGGGGGUUUCUAACUGCACAGAGUUUGUCUCUGUUCUGCAGAAGUAUUACCUGUCACCUGUUUAUGGACUCGAGUUCUGCAUCGGUUUCCCUGGCAACCUUUUGGUUAUUCUGGGUUACCUUUUUUGCCUGGAGGAGUGGCAGAGUUGUAACAUUUACCUGUUCAACCUGGCUAUCUCUGACCUCAUUUUUCUCUGCACGCUGCCAUGCUUCUCCUACCUUUAUUCCAAUGACUUCCAAGAAACCAACAUCUACAUUUGCCUCAUCAAUCGCUAUGUUUUGCACGUCAACCUUUACUCCUCCAUCUUGUUUAUGGUUUGGCUCAGCAUGGACCGGUUCUUGCUCAUAAAACACCCAACAAGGAACCAUUUCCUGCUGAAACGGCGGUCAGCGUUGCUUGUGACAGGCCUGACCUGGCUGGUUGUUAACGUGGAAAUUACGCCAAUGAUCUCUCUAUUGAUACAGGACUUCCAAAGAGGAAAUUGGAGUGUUUGCAAUGAUUUUGCCAGCCUCAGAGGAGACAUCAAUUUGUUAGGCUACAGCUUGAGCUUAACUGUCACUGGUUACGUUCUUCCUCUGCUCGGACUUUGUAUUUUUUCCCAACAAAUUGCACAUUUGCUCCAUGCAAAGGAAAGAGUUCUCCAGUUAAAAGUGUCAUACAAGCGGCCUCUGCGGGUGGUCACAUCCGCCGCAGUCUUGUUUUUUAUCCUCUACUCCCCCUACCACAUUCUAAGAAACAUCAGGAUCGCAUCUCAACCCCCCUGGACAAAGCUGUCUCCAUGCACAAUCAUGAACAUUGAUGCGGUGUACAUUUUAACCCGACCGCUGGCCUUCCUGCACAGCGUGAUGAACCCUGUCUUCUACUUCUUCAUGGGAGACAAAUUCAGAAACCUCUUGAUCUCCAAAAUCAGGAAGAUUGCAAACAAGAGGAAAUUCAGAAGAGACCAAUCAUAAUAUAAAAUAUUUUAAAACUUAUUCUGACAUUCUGUAUAUGAGUAAGCUUUUUCUCAAACUUAAACUGCUUUAUUUUUUUAAUACGAUGUGUUUAAAUACUACAUUUAUAGGCAUGUUGCAUUAAACUUUAUUUUAAGAGAAUUUCAUAUUUAAGUACUAUUCUUAAUGACAUUUGUAAGUCUUUUUGUAGCUUUUACCCAUGUUAUUCAUAAAGAAAUGGCUCUUAAGGCUGCAAAGAAUGUUCUAUCACUUUUACCACUGUUAUUCUCUAUAAUUAGAGAAUAAACGACAUUUCAAUCAAUUAUAAGAGCUUAAAGGGUAACCAAACCCUAGAUGAACUUUUUCUUUGCUGUUGACAUCUAUAAAUGGGGCUUUAAAAGUGCUGUCUGCUGUUCAUAGCCUCAUUUUUUACAAAUUAAAAUAACAUCGUUUAAUUCUUCAAAAUAUAGUCAAAAAUCGCUGGUGUGCUG